AAAAACAGUUUUAAAAAUUAAAAUAUAAUUUAAGCUACGUCAUCUUAAUCAGUCUUAUUCUGAACGUUGUACUGUUAACAUUUUGAGAACAGAGAAGUAACAUUCUUCAGUUUAGCUUUCAACAUUUUAUUUAUUUCCUUUCGUUUUUAUUUCCUUUAAAAAAGUCGAUGUAUCAGAAAAAAGAAAUUACUAAUUAACCUCCAGAGAAGAACAGAAAAACGUAGUAAUUAAAAUUUAAAGGGAUAAUCAUUAAUAAUUAUCCCGAAAAAGUUUAAUUUAUAUUCAAGAGAAAAGAAAAAACAUAACCUCGAAGCAAAAUGUCAGGAGUAAUUGUAAAAAAUCUACCUCGAUUUAAUCACUUGUUACCACAAGCUGGUCUAUCUUGGGAAUCGACGAGAAUUUUAAAGAAGGGAUAUGCAACAAAAAUUGCUGAGACAGGUGGGAAAAAUAUUGUUUACAUCGAUGGAGUUCGAACACCUUUUUUACAGUCAUUCACUGAUUAUAAAAAUGUCAUGGCAGUUGAUUUGGCAAGGCAUUCCCUUGUCAAUUUGCAAAAGAAGACCGGUAUUCCAAAAGAACUAAUUGAUUACAUAGUGUAUGGAUCAGUGAUUCAGGAAGUGAAGACAUCGAAUAUUGCUCGUGAGGCUGCACUUGCCGCUGGAUUCAGUGAUAGAACACCAGCACACACAGUGACAAUGGCUUGUAUCAGUAGUAAUCAAGCCCUGACAACUGGAAUGGGUUUAAUUGCUUGUGGAGUGUACGAUACCAUUGUUGCCGGAGGUGUUGAAUUUAUGUCUGACGUUCCAAUCAGACACAGCCGAAAUAUGCGAAGUUUAAUGUUACGUGCAAAUAAAGCGAAGACUCCAGCUCAGAAAUUAGCGUUACUCGCUACCUUUAGACCUUCACAUCUAAUUCCCGAGCUUCCAGCGGUGGCAGAAUUUUCCACAAAGGAAGUGAUGGGUCACAGUGGCGAUCGUCUAGGUGCAGCUUUCGGAAUAACGCGAAAAGAACAGGAUGAUUAUGCUUUGAGAUCACACACUUUGGCUGCUCAAGCUCAACAACAGGGUUAUUUCACCGAUUUGAUUCCAUUUGUCGGACAAAAGUCGGUUGUCGAAAAGGACAAUGGAAUUCGUGUUUCGACACCUGAACAAUUGGCAAAAUUGAAACCGGCAUUUGUAAAACCCUAUGGAACAGUAACGGCGGCAAACGCUUCAUACUUGACAGACGGUGCUUCGGCUGCUUUAAUAAUGACAGAGGAGAAAGCGCGUCAACUUGGACUUAAACCAAAAGCGUAUCUCAGAACUUUCACAUACGUUUCACAGGAUCCUAAGGAUCAAUUACUUCUAGGACCCGCCUACGCAAUUCCCAAGGUUUUAGAAAAGGCUAAAUUGAAAUUAAGCGACAUUGGAGUAUGGGAAGUGCAUGAAGCAUUCGCAGCUCAAAUUCUAGCAAAUUUAAAAGCUCUCGAUUCGGACUUUUUUGCGAAACAAUAUCUACAGCGUUCGGAAAAAGUGGGAGUACCCGAUCUCGAUAAAUGGAACAAAUGGGGCGGUUCAUUGUCAAUUGGACAUCCAUUUGCCGCGACUGGUGUUCGUUUGGCAACUCACACUGCCAAUCGAAUGAUCAGGGAAGAUCAACAAUUUGGAUUGAUCGCUGCUUGCGCGGCUGGUGGACAGGGAGUUGGAAUGAUUAUGGAACGACAUCCAGACGCAAAACUCUAAUAGGAAAAUAUUUUUUUUUUUAUAAAUUUUACAAUGCAAACGAAAAUCUAAAUUUGUUAUAGUUUUGUAAGUUAAUAAUGUGGAGAGAAAAUGCAAAUUAAUUGGCAUUUCCUAUAAAAGUUAUUUAUUUUUUAUAAAGUAAAAUAAAAGUUUUUUAAAAUGGAA